AUGGCCUAUGCACCACUGCAAUUUGCGCGGGAAAUUGUGGAGAGCGUGGUAGGUGCGUUGCUCCGAACCAGUGCAAAUGCGAAGACGGCAGAGUCAGGCCAGACUGUACUGUGGAAGACGAAUUCACCUACUUGGCUGAUGAACCGGUCGCUAACCGAUGUAAGAGAAGGCAUAGCUAAUGUUCUGUAUUCAUGGAAUUUAGUUCGAUGUCCGUCCAACUGCAACAAUCAAGGCAGCUGCAUAAAUGGAAAGUGUGUGUGUGAAUUUGGCUUCAAGGGAAGUGCAUGCAACGGUGAGUUUAAAAACUAUUUUUACCCAUGCAAAAGGCGGGGUUUACACUGGGAGGUAAACGUUUCCCGGAAUUUUUUAGAAGAAGAACUUGGACCCUGUUUUGCGCAGACUGAACGCGGCGUCUGUAAGAAUAAAGUGACUGGUCCAAACUCCGUGACCGCAGUGCUGACGCGCAAUGCAUGCUGUGGAAGUAUAGGAGUGGCUUGGGGCGAACACUGCCAGGUCUGCAGCAGUCGGAAUGCCUUCUGUGGCAAGGGCUUCAUUUCCUUGAACCACAAAUGUGUAGAUAUCAACGAAUGCGAAAUACCCGGUGUGUGCAUGGGUGGGGUUUGCCGAAACACUGACGGUUCUUUCGAAUGUGAAUGUCCAUAUGGUUACCUAUACAAUGCCAGCACAUUACAGUGCAACGCGGUCAAAAAUGGAUGCCAAAAAAACCCGAAUGCCUGCGCUCCUGGCGGUCGGUGUGUCCCGCUUCAUGGCAGUGCCUUCAUGUGCCAGUGUUUCCCUGGCUACCUUCCAACCGAUGGAAACCGGCGCUGCGAGAAGGAGGAAAACGCCCUGAAUUAUUGUGAGAUUUUUGAGGGGAAACUGUGCAAAAACGGAGAGUGCCAUCCUACAGCAACCUCCUAUGAAUGCACAUGCCGUCCAGGGUAUAGGCCGAGCAUGUUCAAGAAACAAUGCAUAACUGAAAAACGCUCUGCCUGGAGCAGCGGCAACAACUACCGCGGCUCCUACCAGGCGGACUGGCCGCAGGAAAAUCGGGGUUUGUACAAAGAACAUGCGCAACCAAAAGAAGCCAGGUGGCAGUCCUCUGCAAGAAAAUCUUAUCCGAAUCCCUGUGAGGAUCCAGCAGUUCGGAGAAAAUGCAUGGGAGGCUUCUGCUUGGACCUCGGGCGUGGACUGUACGAAUGCAGGUGCUUCAGGGGGUUUCGAGCUGUGAACGGAAACCAGCAGUGCGUUGCUGACUACACGAGCCAAGCCAGUAAGCCCUUUAACGCCCUACAUAGCUAUUCAUGCUUCACAUAA